AUGUCCGGAAUUCCGGUAGUCAACGGCGUCGAGGUCCUAGUUCCCGCACCGCCGGGGUACGUGGUGGACUUUGAUAACCCGCAGCGGCAGUAUGUGAUGGAGCACUACUUGAUCUUCGGCAUAAUGGGGCCACUGGCCUUCAUUGCCCUGAUGCAGAGGUUCUAUACGAAGAUCUUCCUAGCAAAGGGCCUCCAAAUUGACGAUGGUAAAUCCAAUGAUUCUCCUGUUGCAACGUUUGCAUUCAUGUUCCUUGCAUGGGUAUCGUCAGUGGCAACACAGGCCGGCAUGGUCCAUACCGUAGCGAUGAAAGCUCUCGGGUGUCACAUGUGGGAGGUUCCUCUGGAAACAUACAAGACUUCGACGCUGAUCACAUACGUGACCGCUGGCGUCUUUAUGCUCUGUAACGGAUUCACGAAGUUAUCGCUUCUGACUUUCUAUCUCCACCUUUCGCCUCAAAGAUGGUGGCGCAUUGCUGUUUGGACCAGCAUCGUCGUUGUGGCACUGUACACACUUAUCAUUACUGUCAUGUUGUUUGUCCACUGUACGCCAGUGUCUAAAGCCUAUGAUGUCUUGAUGGUAGGGGGAAGCUGCAUCAAUGUCGGCAUUCUCUACAUUGCUACGGCCGUUUCCAACAUCGUCACCGACAUACUUCUCUUCGUGUUGCCCAUUCCGAUGGUCGUCCGCCUCCGCAUGGGAAUCUUCCCCAAGAUCGGCGCCAUUGUCAUUUUCGCCAUUGGCUCCAUGACGGUGGGAACAUCAAUCGUCCGACUAGUUUUCCUUCUGGACGUUCUGGCCACCCAGGACCUUACCUGGGACGCUGCUCGUGCUAACAUCUGGUCUCUCAUCGAAGCCAACCUCUUCAUCAUCUGCGGAUCGAUGCCGACCCUCCGCAAGUUCUUCAAGCACUUUGCCCCCAAGCUUAUGGGAGCCUCCUCGACCAACAUGUCUGGACCGAAUUAUGCUUCGGGAUAUGCGAACAAGGAAAUGAACACUGCACCCAAUGCGUUCUCGCGCAAGGUGCGCAGCCAAUAUGACCGGUACGAAGAUAACGAGAUGCAAGUGUUCAGGUCAAUGGACAGGGACGAAGACAACAAAAGCCCCAACAAUGUGCAUCAGAUCAGUGUCGAUGGUGGCGGCGACGUACAACCAGACAACAAUAGCGAGAAGGCUAUUUUGCAGACCAAGACGUUUACGGUCCGGUAUGAUUAG